AUAUUGAAAUAUUUAUACCGUAUUACUUAGGAAUAUGCUCGCAACUUGGUAAAUGCCGAUCGUACCUCGCUAUUUCUGGUCGAUUACACCAAGAACCAAUUAUACGCCCAUAUAUUUGACGCCAAUGACAACACCGACGCCAAUGCCCUGAAAAACGAGAUCCGGUUCCCCAUUGGCUCCGGUAUCGCGGGAUAUGUGGCCAAAACCGGCGAACCCCUGAAUAUACCCAACGCUUACGCCGAUGACAGGUUCAACCGGUCUAUUGACCAGAAAACCGGUUACUUAACCAAAAGUAUACUAUGUAUGCCCAUAUUCAUCGAGGACAAGGUCAUUGGCGUGUUGCAAAUGGUUAACAAAAUCAAUGACGUGUUCACCAAAGAGGACGAGGACAGUUUUGCCGUAUUUGCUACUUAUUGUGGAUUAGCACUGGAUCAUGCCAGG